GUAAUAGCACAUGACAGACAUAGCAAGUAGAUACAAUAGUCUCAGACGAGUGUGAAUGGGAGGUGUUUGUGUCCGGUCUUUUAGCCUGAAAAUUUACCUCAGGCUUUCAGGAAAGGGUUAAUAGAGACAAUGACAAGUGACAGAGCUUCUCUGAUCACCCCUGGGAACGCUGGCUGUAAAAGUAGAAUCAUUCCUGAAGAGGAAUCUAAUGUAUGAUUAAUGUUUAUUCUGUAAAACCAAGGGUCCUGUGGGUUGUGUUGGCUUUUUAUAGCUGCAUGGGAAUAUCAGGAUAAGAGGUUUUUUGCAGAGCCAGGGAAAUGCAUUUCUAUAAAAGGAAAGCAGCGCCUCCUUAUAAAAUCCAGUGCUGGAUUCUGUUCUGGAGCCUUAGCUUAGCAGGACGUGUGCACUUAGAAAAUGUGCAAUUGCAAACACUCAAAAAUGUUGUGCCCGUGUCUGAUCUCCACUUUGGGACUGUCAGUGAUUAAAAGAGGCCAUGGCAGUAAGUGCCUCAAACCCUGAGGAUAUAACUAAUUAGUAGCUGCACAAGGCAGCGUGAGCCUGCAGUUGGCAGGGCCACCUGAUGCUGUAAAUGGUCUUCUGAAAACGUGCUAAAGCGUGUGAUGCUGUGCUGCUGAAAAGUAACGUGGAGCCUGUGCAGUGGCUUCGUGCAGGCUCUGCCUGGUCUCCCUGGUCUCCUGGGGAUGCCCGGGGCACGGGCUGGCACACGUACUGUUAAGUUUGGAUGUGCAUGUCCUUUGCAGCUCAUUCAAAGCAGUGCUAACUCUGGGGCUCAUUGUGGGAGUGUGGCACUUUGGGCUGUGUCUGGGUAGAUGUGAGCAGUGCUGAGAGUUUGAUGUCAUUUCAAAGAGAAAUUCUCGUGGUUGGUUGUUCUUUCAGCUUUUGAAAGUGAACUCCUGGACUUACUGCUUCUGUACAAAUCCUAAUAGGCCGGUGGGGGGGACGCAGUGUGCGCUAGAUGAAAGAAAUUUAGCAAUUAUGUCUCUGCGAGGCGGUUCAGUAAAACUUCAGAGGAACGAGAUGGGGAGGUAACAUCCUCUGUUGUGUUGUUUGCUUGCUGCUGGUUGGCUGGGAAGAUCCGCCAUGACGAGAAGACGAGCUAUAAAGCUGUCCAGACGAGCGAAGAGGGGUCGUCGGCUGGCGAGUACCAGGGUCCGCUCAUGGUGCUGGCCCAGAACUGCGCCGUCAUGCACAACCUGCUGGGGCCAGCAUGCAUCUUCCUGAGGAAGGGCUUCGCAGAAAACAGGCAGCCUGAUAGAGAACUCCGUCCUGAAGAAAUUGAAGAAUUAAGAGAAGCCUUUAAGGAGUUUGAUAAAGACAAGGAUGGGUUUAUUAACUGCAGGGACUUGGGGAACUGCAUGCGGACCAUGGGCUACAUGCCUACUGAGAUGGAGCUAAUAGAGCUAUCCCAGCAGAUCAACAUGAACUUGGGUGGCCAUGUGGAUUUUGAAGAUUUUGUUGAGCUGAUGGGACCAAAACUUCUAGCAGAGACUGCAGACAUGAUUGGUGUAAAAGAACUCCGUGAUGCCUUCAGAGAGUUUGACACCAAUGGAGAUGGGGAGAUCAGUACCAGUGAGCUGCGAGAAGCCAUGAAGAAACUUCUAGGGCAGCAGGUGGGUCACCGGGAUAUUGAAGAGAUCAUCCGGGACGUGGAUCUGAAUGGAGAUGGGCGUGUUGAUUUUGAAGAGUUUGUUCGCAUGAUGUCCCGUUGAAGAUAAUUCUCAGCUAAAGAAGAAUCAGCACCUUAGAGAGGGCAGAAGAGGACCUAGAUGGAGCAUCUAGCCCCGGUGUUCCUACAGGAGGGUUUAUCGGCUGGCUGCGAUUAGGACGUUGCAAGAUGACCUGCUGCUCCUCCCUCACAUGGUCCCCAUGCCCCUCCACCCUUUCACACUGUGAAAGACUUGCAACUUCCUACAACUGGAACCAUUCCUUGAAGAAGAUUGCAGGAAACUGCAGAGCCAGGACUUGCCAUGAUGCUUUCAUGGGAUAUUUGCAACUUUAGACUCCUCCUCCCCAGCUUUAUUCUCCCACCAGCUGCUGCAAAGAAAAAGCAGGAGAAAUCCUCUUGGCUUGGUGGAUGAGAGCAAAGCCAUUGGGACUGGUGGCAGCCUCAGGGCGUGCUCUGCACUUCUUGGUUUCCCUUGGUGAACCGUGUCCGUGUUUGCUGUCUCAGUGUGUGUCCAUCUGUGUGGAGUUAUUUAUGCUUCCCCAACACUUAUUUGCAUCUCCUGUGGUUAUGUUUACCAAGAGUAAAUUCAAAUAUAUGUCUUGUGGGGGGAAAGUGAUAAAUAUGCACGUUGAAAUGA